AUGGGGGAGCGAAAGACAAUGAGGGAAUACACUAGUCCCACAAUUGUUGAUCAUCCUUCUUGUAUUGUGCUCCCUCCAUGUGAGCAUCAUUUUGAAAUCAAGCCAAGUACUUUGAGCAUUCUACCCAUAUUCCAUGGCAUGCCCUCAAAUAAUCCCUAUGAUCAUAUUGCGGAAUUUGAAGAAGUGUGUACUACCGUUCAACUACAUGGUCUCAAUCCCGAUGGUUUGAAGCUUAGAUUGUUCCCUUUCACACUCAAGGACUAUGCGAGGAAGUGGUUAAGUAAGUUGCCUCCUAGAUCCAUACACACAUGGGUUGAGAUGCAAGAAACUUUCUUGGGAAAAUAUUUUCCUCCUUCAAGAACUUCCAAUGUUAGAGAUGAGCUUGUUGCAUUCCGACAACUUCCACAAGAAAGUUUUAAUGAGUGUUGGGAGCGAUUCAAGGACUUAGAGAUGUCAUGUCCUCACCAUGGGUUAGAGAAGUGGUUCCUUGUGGACAAGUUCUAUAGAGGAUUGAUGCCAGAUCAAAGGCAAAGGGUUGACACUUUUAGUGGUGGAACUAUUGCAAGUAAACUCCCGGAUGCCGCUUGGGACACAUACGAGGAGCUUUCUCUCAACUCCCUUCAAUGGGAUGAUCUUGAUACAAGGAGACGUCAAGUGCAUAACAAGGAGAGUGUACCUAACCGAAGUGGUAUUUAUGAGGUUCAAGGGACAUCAACCGGGCCUUCUAUGCAUGAAUUCAAAAGGUUGGAAGGCAAGAUUGACCAAUUUCUAAAUCAAGUUAACCGGAACCCUCCUCAAGCACAAGUCAAGAUGGCGACUUCUACACCAUGUUUGCUUUGUGAGAGCCUAGCACAUUCCACUCAAGAGUGCCAUUUAUCUUCUCAAUAUCCGGAAUUUAUGGAGGAGCAUGUUAACCAAGUGGGUAGUUUUGUGCCAAGGAACCCAAGAAAUGAUCCAUACUCCAACACUUAUAACCCCGGUUGGAGAAAUCACCCCAAUUUUUCUUGGAAAGAUCAAGGUGGAGUUUCUAAUAUGCACCAAGGAGGAAAGCAAGGCUUUGGAGGAAACCAAGGCCAAGGAUCAUCCAAUUUCAUGCCCCAUGGCAAGGUGAACCAAGGAAACACUCAUUUUAUGCCUAUUUCUUCACAAGGGCAGCAAGCAUAUAUGCCUUAUUCUCAUAGUCAAGCCGCUUUUUCACAAGGAUUCCAAGCUCCAAAUGUCUCUCCCGGGUUUACACAAGGUAUUGGCUAUAGUGGUAGCAAGUUUCAAGGCAAUUCUAGCUCAUUUCAAGGUCCAAAUCAAGGCGCGAGCUACAAUUCCCCACCUAUUCUUCAAGGCAUGCCGAUUCAAGCUCCAAGUGAACCAAAGAAGCCUAAUUUUGAAGAAUUGAUGGGUGAGUUCCUCAAGGUUCAAACUUCUACCAAUGUGGAGACCAAGCAAAACAUCUCUUCACUAGCUCAAGGGUAUCAAAAUUUACAACAAAGCAUGACUAAAUUAGAGAUACAAAUGGGCCAAAUAGCAACCAAUUUGAGUGAGAGACCAAUGGGAGCUCUUCCUUCCACAACGGAGAAGAACUCGAAGCAUGUAGCCAAGGUUAUUACUACUCUUCGAAGUGGGAGGACAUAUGACAAUAAGGUAUAUUUACCUUCAUCUUCUCAAUCCCCUUUGCAUGUGAAUGCCCCAUUUAAUGCUCCCUCUCCUACUAUAUCACCUUCUCUUGGUAAUUGUGUUUCCCCUUCCACACAUGUUCCCAACUCUACCUCUCUACAUUCUAAUGAUGGUUAUGUGUUGGUUGAGGAAUAUGAUAGUGAUGAUAGUGAUAUGCAUGAUGGUGCCACGAGGGAAGAAAAUGUACCUCGUGGCAAUUUGAAUAAUGAUUAUUUACAUGCUUUUAAUUCAAAGGAGGAUGGGAACCGGGGGGAAGAAAAUGUACCCCCGGGAAUUGGAGUGGAUCCUAAGAAUGGGAAUUCCAUGGCUCUUGAUAAUUUGGGCGAGGCUAUGAAGGCUAGGGACCCCAAUGAAGCCGUGAGUAACCCUAGGGAUCCAUCAAGUAGUCAAGCAUCUACUCAAGCUCAAAAGCCAAGAAAGGGUCCAAUUUGUGUGCCUCCUCUAGAUAUGACAGAUUAUGAGAUUCCAUUGCCUUAUCCUCAAGUGAAGCGGAAGCAAGAGUUAAAGAAGAAGCAAGAAGCACAAACGAAAGAGUUCAUUGAGUUGUUCAAGAAAGUCAACAUCAAUAUCCCUUUGUUGGAAGCCAUAAAGCAAGUGCCUUCUUAUGCUAAGUUUCUAAAGGAUGUGUGCACCAACAAAAGAGCAUUUAAGGAGCAUGAGCAAGUUUGUCUAAGUGAGAGUGUAUCAGCUAUUCUUCAAGGAAAAUUGCCUCCUAAACUUAAAGAUCCCGGUAGUUUCACCGUGCCAUGCACUAUUGGGUCAAGAUUCUUUGACAAGGCGAUGUUGGACUUAGGAGCAAGUAUUAAUUUGAUGCCAUAUGAUAUUUAUCGAACACUUGGUCUUGAUGAUCUUAAGCCUUUAAAAAUUUCAUUGAAAAUGGCGGAUAGAAGUGUUGUCUACCUAAGAGGGAUGCUAGAAGAUGUGCUUGUGAAGAUUGAUUCUCUCUAUGUGCCGGCGGAUUUUGUUGUUCUUGACAUGGCUAAGAGUAUUGAUGUUGAGGAGGAUGAAUCUCCCAUAUUGCUUGGUAGAGCAUUCAUGGCCACCGCCGAUACCAACAUUAGUGUAAAGAAGGGAAUCUUGACGAUGACCGUUUUUGAUACUACUAUUGGCUUCCGAAUUUUUGAUGCCAUGAGAAGUCCUCUUCACUUAGGUGAGUGUUUUCGGGUAGAUGCGGUUGAUUCCAUGGUGGAGAAGACUUUCAUUGAAACAAGUGCCAAGGAUUCUUUAGUAGCUUCUAUUAUGCAUCAUGGAGAAGAGUUCAACGACAAAAGUAUUGAAGAAGAUGAUUCCACUAUUGAAGUUGCUAUGCCCACCUCUUCCUCACACACUCCUAUUAGCAUGCUUGAUCUUCAACCGAAGUUGUUGCCCUCUAUUAUUUCUCCUCCUACACUUGAGCUAAAGCCUCUCCCAUCUACUCUCAAGUAUGCAUUUUUGGGACCUAAUGACACAUUGCCGGUAGUUAUCUCUUCCAAGCUUUGUGACGUUGAUGAAGCCAAGUUAUUGAAAGUGUUGAAAGAGCACAAAGGAGCUUUGGGGUGGACUAUAGAGGACAUAAAGGGAAUAUGUGCUAGCAAGUGUAUGCAUCACAUUUACAUGGAGGAAGGUAGCAAGCCCUCUAGAGAUGCUCAAAGAAGACUUAACCCUCCUAUGAUGGAAGUGGUCAAGAAUGAGGUGACAAAGCUUCUAGAUGCCGGUGUGAUUUAUCCUAUUUCGGAUUCAAAAUGGGUUUCUCCUGUACAAGUUGUUCCUAAGAAAGGAGGAAUGACAGUGGUGAAGAAUGACAAAGGAGAAGAUGUUCCUCAAAGGGUGCAAAAUGGUUGGAGGGUAUGCAUAGAUUACCGGAAGUUGAAUAGUGCUACUAGAAAUGAUCAUUUCCCUCUACCUUUCAUUGAUCACAUGUUGGAGAGAUUGGCGGGACAUUCCUAUUUUUGCUUCUUAGAUGGCUAUAGUGGAUAUAAUCAAAUUGUGAUUGCUCCCGAAGACCAAGAAAAGACGACUUUCACUUGUCCUUUUGGUACCUUUGCUUAUAGGCGUAUGCCCUUUGGCUUAUGUAAUGCUCCGGCAACCUUCCAAAGAUGUAUGAUGGCUCUAUUUCAUGAUAUGACCGAAAAAUUCAUGGAGAUCUUUAUGGAUGAUUUUUCGGUUCAUGGUAACACUUUCGAUGAUUGCCUACACCAUUUGAGCCUAGUCUUGAAGCGUUGUGAAGAAAGCAAUUUGGUCUUGAAUUGGGAGAAGUGUCAUUUCAUGGUGGAAGAGGGCAUUGUCUUAGGUCAUGUGGUUUCUAAGAGGGGAAUUGAAGUGGACAAAGCAAAGAUUGAAGUCAUUGAAAAGCUACCUCCACCGGUGAACAUCAAAGGUAUAAGAAGCUUUUUGGGACAUGCUGGCUUUUAUCGAAGAUUUAUUCCAAAUUUUUCCAAGAUAUCCAAGCCUCUAUGUGAUUUGUUAGCAAAAGAUGCUUCUUGGGACUUCAACGAAGCUUGCCUCAUUGCUUUCAAUGAAAUCAAAAGACUCUUGACUUGUGCCCCUAUUAUGUGUGCUCCCGUUUGGUCACUCCCAUUUGAGUUGAUGUGUGAUGCUUCCGAUUUUGCCUUAGGGGCGGUGUUGGGACAAAAGCAUGGGAGAUUGAUGCAUGCCAUCUAUUAUGCAAGUAGAACCUUGAAUGAAGCUCAAGUGAAUUACACAACAACGGAGAAAGAACUCUUGGCUAUCAUAUUUGCAUUAGAAAAGUUUCGGAGUUAUCUCUUGGGUUCUAAAGUGAUUGUGCACACGGACCACUCGGCAUUGAAGUAUCUCUUAGCCAAGAAAGACUCCAAGCCAAGACUUAUUAGAUGGGUUUUGCUUCUACAAGAGUUUGACAUAGAGAUUCAUGACAAAGCCGGUAAGGAAAAUGUGGUAGCGGACCAUUUGUCAAGACUUAUUGAUGGGAGAGAUGAUUGUACUAUUCCUAUUGUUGAUUCAUUUCCAGAUGAGCAACUCUUUACCGUUACAUCAAAGGAGCUUCCAUGGUUUGUUCACAUUGUCAAUUAUUGGGCAAGUGGUGGGACAUUUAUUCCGGAGGAUUGGGACUAUCAAACCAAGAGGAGAUUUAGAAGAGAUGCAUGUCGGUAUGUAUGGGAUGACCCUAUUCUAUGGAAAGUUGGUCAAGACGAAGUUUUGAGAAGAUGUGUGCCACAAUGGGAAGUUCCUAAUAUUCUUGAGCAUUGUCAUUCCCACACUUGUGGUGGACAUUUUGGUGGAAAGAAGACCGCUUUCAAGAUCCUACAAGCCGGCUUCUUUUGGCCCACAUUAUUCAAAGAUUCUCAUGAUUAUGCCAAGAAGUGUGAUCGAUGUCAACGAGUGGGGAGAAUCACCUCUAGAGACCAAAUGCCUUUGACUAACAUCAUUGAGGUGGAAAUCUUUGACACAUGGGGAAUAGACUUUAUGGGGCCAUUUCCUAAUUCAAAUGGGUUUGAGUACAUUCUUGUUGCGGUGGAUUACGUGUCAAAAUGGGUAGAAGCGCAAGCAACUCGGACCAAUGAUGCUAAGGUAGUUCUCAAAUUCCUCCAGGAGCACAUUUUUACUAGAUUUGGCACACCCAAGUUCAUCAUAAGUGAUGGUGGUUCCCAUUUUAUCAACCGAGCAUUUGCUUCACUUUUGAAGAAAUAUGGGGUUAAACACAAGGUCGCCACUCCCUACCACCCGCAAACAAGUGGGCAAGUUGAAAUUUCCAAUAGGGAGGUGAAGGGAAUUCUAGAGAAGACGGUGAACAGCUCAAGGAAGGAUUGGAGCACCAAACUUCAUGAUGCUUUGUGGGCAUACCGUACCGCAUAUAAGACCCCUUUGGGCAUGACUCCAUUCCGACUUGUCUAUGGGAAGGCUUGCCACUUACCCGUAGAGCUUGAGCAUAAGGCAUUUUGGGCAAUAAAGCAAUUAAAUUUUGAUCUAGACAAAGCGGGUGAGAAGCGAAAAUUUGAUCUCAAUGAGUUGGAGGAAAUAAGAAGGGAGGCUUAUGAUAGUACGAAAUUGUUUAAGGAGAAGACAAAGGUAACACAUGAUAAAAGACUUGUUGAGAAGAUCUUUGAGCCUCAUCAAAAGGUGCUCCUAUACAAUUCUAAGCUUCAUCUUUUUCCCGGAAAAUUAAGAUCUCGUUGGAGUGGACCGUAUGAAGUUGUUGAGGUAUUCCCACAUGGAGCCAUUGUAGUCAAAAAUUUGAGGAAUGGGGAAACAUUCAAGGUCAAUGGGCAUCGCCUAAAACCUUACUUGGACCAUACUUUUGAGGCUUGUAAAGAGGUGCAAUUCCUUGAUGACACCACCUUGAAGUGAGAAGCAAUAUGAGAUAGACCGGCUUUGAGGUCUCUAAAAAGAAGCGCUAGUGGGGAGGCAACCCCACCAAAUUUUGAGAGUUUGAUUAUCCUUUUUCUAGAUGUAGUAGUUGAAUAAGGCCUUUUUGGCCAUGUUUUUGGAGGUUGGGAGGGUAUGGAGAUGGAGUUUGUUUUUGGGUAAAGCAUGAUACUUAUUUUGGGGAGGAUUGAAGCUCCAAGGACCACAUUCACUUGAAAAUGGAGACUUGAACCAUUUAAGCACCAUGGGGCCUAACUUGGAGCAUACGCACAGGAAGUCAAGGCUUAUGCCUUGAGGUUGGUGUCUAUUGGUCUUCUCCGAAGGUCGUGAGCUAUGGGAUGUCUACAAAGGGGGUUUUCACAUUUCUUCUCUGCAUUUAGAUUUUUUUCAUUUUCAUAGUUAUCUUUUGUGCCUACGCCCAGACUUCACUCUCAUGCCUAAAUCCGACAUGGAUUUGGCUUUCGCGCUCACUUUACAACAUUGAGGGCAAUGUUGGUUUUAAGUGUGGGGGUGAGGGCUCGGGCGCCUAUGAAAAAAAAAAAAUUAUUAUUAGAUUAGCUUUUUAUAAUUAUAUUGUAGUGGUUAAUG